GAGUCAACGCCAUAAUAAAGAUGAACACAACAAGAAAAGUCAAUUCCAAACGUGAAGUCUAAACGACAUCGUUUUGUCUCCUCACUCAAGAUAAUACUGAAACGGGAGGGUUUUGUUCUUUUCUCAGAGCAACUAGAAUGGCGUUUACGACCACCAACGUCCUCUCCUUCGCUCCCCUCGGGGCAUUUUCAUUCGUACUCCAUUUUUUUCUCUAAAAUAGAGUAAAAAUAAAUAUAGAGUAAUGAAUGUUCCAAUCUAAUUUAAUAUUUCACUCCAUAAUGAAAUCUCCAUAAAUGGAGUAAUUUAUUUUUUGUUUGUUCAUUGAGAAAUUGAGUAGGAUUAAAACAAUUUUACUUCAUUUUCACUUUUAAUCCGUUUUGGAAGAAAAAAUAGAGUUUUACGUUGGAGAUGCUCUUAACCAAAUCCCUAAUCCACAAACUCUCCGCCCUAUCCCCGCAGAUCCAGGCUUCCAUCCGAAUCUCCUCCUCCUCCGGUGGUCCUCUGUUCUUCGCGGCGAUUUGUGACCGUCCCGCCGGCUAUCUCAACACGCCGUUGACGGUCGUCGCGGCUGGGUUGUCCAAGUGGCUGGAUAUCUAUAGUGGCGUGUUGAUGGUUAGAGUUUUGCUGAGUUGGUUCCCAAACAUCCCUUGGGAUCGCCAGCCUUUGUCUGCCAUUAGGGAUCUUUGUGAUCCGUAUCUCAAUCUCUUCAGGAACAUUAUCCCUUCCGUCUUUGACACGCUUGACGUCAGUCCUUUGCUUGCUUUUGCUGUUUUGGAAACUUUGGGUUCCAUUCUCAACAAUAGCAGAUGAUUUAAUUGUUCCAAGUUGUUACUACGAGCUUAUGGAUAUUUGGUGUUUUAUAUAUUUCUGUAGUUAUAAGCUAAUGAUAAUGUAUUGGACUCAAACGUUUCAGUAUCAAAAAUAUCUUUAUGUUCUGUGUUUCUGUCAAUGAAUGAGUUUGGUUUCAAUGUGAAAGCUUGGAAAUUGUUUUUUUUUAAUUAUGUAUUAACAGAAGUAGAUUGUUGU